UGUAUAGUACUGUUAUAUAUUUCUCGCUUCAAAUACCACACCCUUGAAUUGAGCGAAAGUAGACACAUUUAAGUGUUUUUGGCCAGUCAAAUUAUUUGUUACCAUGUUGACCAUUGAUCGUAAAAAGGUUUUAGGAAAGGGAGGUUUCGCAACUGUUUAUGAAGGUGUUUGGGGUGAAACUAAAGUGGCCGUCAAACGAAUUCUUGUAGGGGAUGCUGCAACAACGGAACAAGAAGAGAUGGCCCUGAAAAUGUUGCAUCAUACCAACGUCAUCAAAUUAUUUCACGAGCAGGAGGACCAAGACUUUAAAAUGUUUGUCCUGGAAUUGUGUGAUGCCUCAUUAGAUAGACUAGUUCUCAAAGAAAAUGACCCGAAAAAAUACAGUGGCCCAAUGUCACCAGAAACAGAAGUCCUACUUCAGUUGGCUAAAGGACUCGAGUAUAUUCAUCAAAGGGGAUUAGUCCAUCGCGACAUCAAGCCACAGAACGUGCUCAUCAGCUUGAAUUCUACAACCCGACGAGUGGUAAUGAAAUGGACCGAUUUUGGUUUUAGUAAACUUGUCAACGAAAAAGGUUCUUUCACAAUGAGCGGAGUGAAGGGAACAUACGAUUAUUUCGCACCGGAAAUAUUAAAAUUACUGGACGAGGCCAGUUCUACUGGAAACGAAGAUAAGAAAAAAGGAACAGCCGAGAGCGAUGUAUUUGAAGAAGGUCUUUUAUUUGGCUACUUUAUUUCGGGAGAGGUUCAUCCUUUUGGCACUACAAGUCAUCAAAUUCAAACCAACUUAAGAACAAAUGAGCCAGCCAAUCUUCCGGAAACGGGAACCGAAGUAGAAACGGGAAAAAUUUGUAAUAAUAUAAUCACUGCAAUGUUAGAAAAAGAACCAAGCAUUCGAAUUACUUCGUCCGUUGUCGUUAAUCAACUCACCGAAAUUAUCCUGAAGAAUUCACAGCAGUUGUUCACUUUAAUUGCAAAGGGGAACUCAAGCGUGGAAGAAAUCGGAAAACUGAUUCAAGAAGGUGUGGACCUCAACGUCAAAGACCCAAAUGGAUUGACACCGCUAUUGCGCUUAGUAAAAAACGGAAAGAUAAGUGAAAAUUUGGUUGAAAUAGUUAGUCUCUUGAUCCAACACGGAGCCAACGUCAAUUCACUUGACAGCAACGGUAAAAAUGCUCUCCUGUUCUGGUGCAAAAAUCGCAAACAACAUGAAAACAAAAGUUUUUUGCCAAUCAUCAAUCUCUUUGUUGAAAAGGGGAUUGAUAUCAAUUGCAAAGACAAAGACGGAGAUAAUGCUCUCACCUUAUUGUGCGAACAUUAUGAAAACGAAAAUUUAAUCGACAUUAUUCGACUAUUCAUUCAAAAGGGGAUCGAUGUCAACUGCAAAGACAAAUAUGGACGUAAUGCUCUCAUUUUAGUGUGCGAAAAUUAUGGAAAAGAAAAUUUAAUUGACAUUAUUCGACUUUUGAUUGAAAUUGGGAUCGACAUCAAUUGCAAAACCGAUUGCAGUAUUAAUGCUCUCACCUUAUUGUGCACAUCGUAUCAAAACGCAAAUUUAAUCGACAUUAUUCGACUUUUCAUUCAAAAUGGGAUCGACAUCAAUUGCAAAACCAAAUACGGACGUACUGCUCUCACCAUAUUGUGCGAAAAUUAUAAAAACGAAAAUUUAAUUGACAUUACUCGACUCUUGAUUGAAAAUGGGAUCGAUAUCAAUUGCAAACAAGAAUACGGACGUAAUGCUCUCACUUUAUUGUGCUACUCUUACAAAAACGAAAAUUUAAUUGACGUUAUAAACAUUUUUAUUGAAAGUGGAUUCAAAGUGACUGAAGAAACCCGCACCUGCUUCCAGAGAAAUUAUAAAGGAAAACAUCGCACUCAAGUCUUGCAAUUACUUCAUGUUUAAACAACAUCCAGAUUAACCAGCAAACUAUAACGAAUGGCCGCCAGUUGAUUAGAGUAGAAGAAGGUACCGAGUACGUAGCAGAUUGGAUGGAACUUGGAUGGAGUUGGAAAACAGAUAAGACAAAGAAGAUAGUACGGAUUUAUUGCGUAGACGACUGGACAGAAUUUAAACAAUUGGGUGACGACGGAGCAACAAUUUCAAAAGAAGUUUGCGAUGCUUUUGACAAUUGGGUCAGUUGAUUCGACAAGUAAUUGAAGCUUGCAAGGAAAGUAAGAAUCGUGCGACAGGAUUAAGGAGAGAAUUGAAGAAACUAUAAGGAGUAAAGUAGAGCCAAAAAUAGAGAGGAAAAACAGUUUCAGCGGGAAAUUGAAAAAGCGGAAGGAAAUCUAAGCGAAAAAAAAAAGACUGGGACAACACCAGCAAAUCAAAUUGGGUGUAUUUGGAUUUCGUUUUUGGAAACGUUUGGCAUCAAACAUUCAAGUCCGGCGUCGCCUUUUUGGCCAACCCUUUCCCGACGCAACACAAACCUGGAACUAUUGAAGAUUUUGGCUUAGAUUUAGUAUUUUAGUUGCGGUUAUGUCUCUUCGUGCGUUCAAUCCAAUUUUUAUAAUUCUAUACUUCAUUGAAAAUGAAAUAAAAUUAUUCUUGCUCCAA